AUGGAAUAUCGCACAAUUAAUUUUAACAUCCAUAAAUUCAUUAAAGCUGACGAUACUUUAUCUAACAAAGAAAUAAUUAAACAAUUAGUUGACAAUGUCGAACAAAUCUUGUAUGCAUUUGAUGAGAAAUGUCAACGGGCUUUCAUCAGUAAAGAAAUCGAAACAAAACUGCGGACAUUAGUUCGCGCGAAAAUAAAGUAUUACAAUAAAAAUAAGCGAUCGAAAGCAAAUAGUUGGCCUCGUACAACAAUAUCAAUUCGAAUUCCCGUUGAAAAACGUCAGCACCGCCAAUUUUUAACGCCACCAUCUUGUUCAAGCUCUACAAAAAUUACCUUUUCUUGGAAAGACGAAAGUUUCAUGCAUAGAUUUGAUCCGGGUACAGAAGAAAGUUUAGAUACUGAUAAUGACGCAGCAUUGAAUGGUAGUGAAGAAGGUAAAAACAAAGAUAUUUCAACAACAUUCGAAGAGAAAUUGAUGCAAAUGGACUGUCAAUUAACAACCAGUUACGUUCGAGUUCGAUUACCAGCAGCUAUAUUACAAUAUAUUUUUCUAAAAGAAAAUGAACUAGUGACUUAUCGCCUGAAUGUUCAGUCAUGGAGGGUUCCGAACAUUUCAAUGGAUUAUUCAUCCGACAACAAAAAUGAUCCAUAUGAUUAUGAUAUGGAAUCAGUCAUAGAUGAUAGUGACGACAAUAACAGUUCCGCAGUAGAUCAAUUAUAUUUGAAAGUUGAGAUACACUCAACAUUUGAUUAUGUUGACAAAGCCAAUUGGGAUUACGCUCGCAUUAAUUGGUUAUCCAAAACUAAGCGUUUAGAUCAAACUGGAACAAAACAAAGUUAUACGUUUCAUGGAAGUGUUGAUCAAAAUGUGUUUAAUUUCGUGAAAGAAAUCCAACGAAAUAAAACCGUUAGUGAAUGUCAUCCUCCAGCAAAAACACCAAACUGCUGUCCAAAACCGAUGCGUUCUAGCGAAACAACCGAAAUAUCACUAGAGUACCUAUAUUUAAGGGGGGGUCCAUCCCACCCCAAAAAAUGUGCCUUCAAACUAUGCCAGUUUGAAGAGGAUACCUGA